AUGUCUAAGGCCUUUCGUGAAUCGGUGCGAAACAGCAUUCCAAACAACAAUAGUGCCAUCAAGUCUAAGUUUGGGGCUGCCAUUCUGGCCAAAUAUGGUUGGAAGGAGGGUGAGGGCCUUGGCAAGAAUCGAGAUGGCAUUGUGGAUCCCGUGAAGUUGAAAGCCGCCAAAAACAACGAAGGCUUGGGAAAAAAAGAUUCAGACCAGUGGCACAAUUGGUGGGACGACCUGUACAAUGAAAUGGCUAGCAAGUCAACCAAAGUCACCUCUGCGUCAUCGAAAAUAACAGAAACGGAACGUAAAUCCAAUACGCAUGAACAGAAAAUUGUAAAUGCUGGAGACAGCGAAUCGUUGACCGACCCGAGUAGUUCCGAGCUUUCAUCGGAUGACGAAACAAGCUCCGAUAUAAGUUCGGAAUCUAACUCAUCAGACGAGUCAAAUCGCAGCGAAGAAUCACAAAACGCCCAUUCUACAACUCUUGAUAUACAUUGUAGGAACACGGUGAGCCAAGUGCAGCACGGUGGCGAUCAUGGGGGCCGAGGUGACUACGCAUUAAAUGGUAAAGAGGGGCGUAGCGAUGCAGAUAACGAAUGCAUUGUGGAAGAAGGUGGUGGGGUGGUUGACAAUUAUGCAACGUUAAGUCAGUCUGGCACGCGUUCACGGAGUCGAACGUCCCUAGGCUCUUGUCGCCGCAGCAGAACCCCCGGUGACGUUUCGUCGGAAUGCUAUUCAGAGCUACCGUCUGCCCUUAGCAACGAGAGUGCCACCGCUACACUAGGGGCGGCAAGGCGUGACAGUGAAAUUGCCGAGCGCCGUCCACAGUACACGUGUCUACCCGCUGAAGCCGAUAAAAAUAACGCUGCAGACUCAACAUCUGUGGUGGAAAAGCAGAAGAGCAACGGAGGCAUAAAAGAUGAGCGCCAUAGGUCACAUCGGCAUAAGCGCCAGAAACAAAGUUGA